AUGUCCUGCACACGUAAACGGGACUGGGCCUAUCUCCUAUUUUUCAUCAUCCACGUCCCGAUCAUUCUCCGUACGCUCUAUCUCGAUAAUCUUCAUACCUGCACUAACACAAACACAGUAAUCGAUACCGUCCCCCUCCAACCCACCAUCCUCCAUACAAAUCUCUCCCACCAACUCCGCGACUUCUACAUAACAACCUACCGCGACAAAUUCUUCGAAGAUCCACCAACAUGGUUCACCGUCUUCAUCUGGAUGGAGCUGCUGUACCACCUCCCAAUCUCGAUAUGGGCGGUUUGGGGUUUGCAUAAAGAUCAUCCCCUCGUCCCCGUGCACCUCCUCGUCUUCGGUAUUCAGUCAUUCAUCACCACGCUGACAUCUUUGGUGGUUGUAUGGAGUUGGACCGAUCGCUCCGUCGCCGAGAAGCAGCAGCUGAGCAUGCUAUAUGCUCCCUAUAUGGCGUUAGGCGGGUUCAUGGCUCUAGAUAUGGUAUUCCGUCUACGCGACAAACUAAUGCCCAAAAGCAAACGGGAGUAA